CUUACAAGCUAAUGUUUGAUACCAAACAGAGUUAGGUUGCAUAAGUUGUUAUACCAUCUUGAAGGUUAUAAUUCAUAAUUGUAAAGAAAUAUAUUUUUAGCGGAAUGGUUAAUCUCGGACUGAGUAAAGUUGAUGAUGCAGUUGCAGCGAAGCACCCGGGUUUGCAGCAGUAUGCCGCCUGCCAGUCCUAUGCCUUCAUGAAAGGCACAGCAAGCUUUAUACUGGGCACCGCCGGCUUAUUUAUUGUACAGCGAGUACUUCAGAAAAGAAUGCCUUAUCCGUUGCAGUGGAAUCUUCUAGUAUCUAUUGUUGCUUCUUCUGUAUUUAGUUAUUCAGUAACCCGCUGGGAAACGAGGAAGUGCACAGACUUGUGGUUAUUCCUUGAGACAGGAAAAGUUCCUGACAGAAACUCUCCCCAGGAGGAGACUUCAACUCUGACAUCACCUGCAAAGCCCAAAGUAACACAAUUUGGAGAUGUGAUGGACUGAUCUCAGAGAUGCUGCAGUGGAUUUUUACCUUUGUGUAAUAUUCUGAAUGUGCAAUAAAUUGUGUUUCAUUCAUAUUCAAGUUAAAUGGCAUUGAUUUUAAAUUGAGGGAAUUGUGAAUUUCAAUUCAGUACUGUGUGAACCCAAACUGUAUAAACCUGGAGUUAAAGAAAUGUUUCAAUAUGUCUGUCAAAUAAAUUAUCACAUCUUUGUCUAGA